AUGGGAAUGACAGUGGGAAAUGAAAAAGCAUUUAUACAGGGCUUUACAAUUAAGAGAACCUUUCACGUAUCUUACCCCAUUGUAGAAGAUAAGCAUCACAGUAACCAAAUUACCAUUUCUGAAGAUGGAAGCCUCAAAAUUGUCAGUGUGACAAAGUCAGAUGCUGGAAGUUAUACCUGUAUAGCCACUAACCAUUUUGGAACUGCUAGCAGUACUGGAAACUUGAUAGUAAAAGAUCCAACAAGGGUGAUGGUACCCCCUUCCAGCAUGGAUGUCACUGUUGGAGAAAGUAUUGUUCUGCCUUGCCAGGUAACACAUGAUCACUCGCUAGACAUCGUGUUUACUUGGUCAUUUAAUGGACACCUGAUAGAUUUUGACAAAGAUGGGGACCACUUUGAAAGAGUUGGAGGGCAGGAUUCAGCUGGUGAUUUGAUGAUCCGAAACAUCCAGCUGAAGCAUGCUGGGAAAUACAUCUGCAUGGUCCAAACAAGUGUAGACAAGCUCUCUGCUGCUGCAGACCUGAUUGUAAGAGGUCCCCCGGGACCCCCAGAGGCUGUGACCAUAGAUGAAAUUACAGAUACCACCGCUCAGCUCUCCUGGAGAUCUGGACCUGACAACCACAGCCCCAUCACCAUGUAUGUCAUUCAAGCCAGGACUCCGUUCUCCGUGGGCUGGCAAGCAGUCAAUACAGGUACCAUAUUGGAUGCCUGGUGCUGGUGUCUCACAGAGGCUUCUAAAACUCAGCAUAACAGACAAAGCACCGUGGCAGAAUGAGUCACUUCAGCCAGGCGACCUUGCUGCCCCUCAUUUGCUUUUACCACCUGACAUGACUUGUUUUUUGUUUCCUGCACAGUCCCCGAAGUCACCCCAGCUAACGUCAGUGGUGGUGGAGGCAGCAAAUCUGAACUGGUUAUAACCUGGGAGACGGUCCCCGAGGAAUUGCAGAAUGGCAGAGGCUUUGGCUAUGUGGUGGCCUUCCGGCCCUAUGGCAAAAUGAUCUGGAUGUUGACAGUGCUGGCAUCAGCCGAUGCCUCCAGAUACGUGUUCAAGAACGAGAGCGUGCGCCCCUUCUCUCCCUUUGAGGUUAAAGUGGGCGUCUUCAACAAUAAGGGAGAAGGCCCUUUCAGUCCCACCACAGUAGUAUAUUCUGCAGAAGAAGAACCCACCAAACCACCAGCCAGCAUCUUCGCCAGAAGUCUGUCUGCCACAGACAUUGAAGUUUUCUGGGCCUCCCCCAUGGAGAAGAAUAGAGGACGGAUACAAGGCUAUGAGGUUAAAUACUGGAGACAUGAUGACAAGGAAGAAAAUGCUAGAAAAAUACGAACAAUUGGAAAUCAGACAUCAACAAAAAUCACCAAUUUGAAAGGCAGUGCGCUGUAUCAUUUAGCUGUCAAGGCAUAUAAUACUGCGGGGACAGGCCCGUCCAGUGCAACGGUCAAUGUGACAACCAGAAAGCCACCACCAAGUCAACCCCCCGGAAACAUCAUAUGGAAUUCAUCGGACUCCAAAAUUAUCCUGAAUUGGGAUCAAGUGAAGGCCCUAGAUAAUGAGUCGGAAGUAAAAGGAUACAAAGUCUUGUACAGAUGGAACAGACAAAGCAGCACAUCUGUCAUUGAGACAAAUAAAACAUCAGUGGAGCUUUCUUUGCCUUUUGAUGAAGAUUAUAUAAUAGAAAUUAAGCCAUUCAGUGAUGGAGGAGACGGCAGCAGCAGUGAACAAAUUCGAAUUCCAAAGAUAUCAAGUAAGAGUGUCUUUUUCCUCCCCUCCCCCUACCUGCUGGAUCUCCUAAGUCUUCCCAGUGAGUCCAGGUUUAGACAAAGUGAAGCCCACAAAGAAAGGCUUCUACAAAAAUGGGCAGUACUGUUCCCUUUCAUCAGACAACUGAUGUUCGCUCAUCACGGGCAGCUUCAAUAAAAAAA